GGAGCGGGUUGGGUCCGGGCUGGGGAUCUGGGCUAACGGGUCGGAGGUCAGGGGCCGGGGGCGAGAUCCCGUCCGUCCGUCCAUCCAUCCAUCCGUCCGUCCGAGCGUCCGAGCGUCCGGGCCGGAGGUGCGGCGGCCGGUUUGGGCGUAGCCGGUGGAGCCUUGGCUCGGCCCCGCUCUCUGGGAGGCAGCGCCCGCCCCCGCGGCCAUUGGCGGCCGGGAAGGAAGAGGAGGAGGAGGAGGAAGAAGACGAGGAGGAGGAGGAGGAGGGAGCGCGGCUCCUGCAGUCUGCCCGCCGCCGCCGCCGCCGCCGCCCUGCGGAGCAUCGGGCCAUGGCCGCCGCGCCUCUCAAAGUUUGCAUCGUGGGCUCGGGAAACUGGGGCUCAGCUGUUGCCAAAAUCAUUGGCAAUAAUGUCAGGAGUCUCCAGAAGUUUGCCACCACAGUGAAGAUGUGGGUUUUUGAGGAAACAAUUAAUGGAAGAAAACUGACAGAGAUCAUAAAUAAUGAUCAUGAAAAUGUAAAAUAUCUUCCUGGACACAAGUUGCCAGAAAAUGUGGUUGCUGUCCCAAAUCUGGGGGAAGCCGUACAAGAUGCUGACCUGCUAGUCUUUGUUAUCCCUCACCAGUUCAUUCAUAGAAUUUGUGAUGAGAUUACUGGACGGGUACCAAAGAAGGCUGUGGGGAUCACCCUCAUUAAGGGAAUAGAUGAAGGCCCAGAGGGACUGAAACUGAUCUCCGACAUUAUUCGAGAGAAAAUGGGAAUCGAUAUCAGCGUUCUGAUGGGGGCCAACAUUGCCAACGAGGUCGCUGCAGAGAAGUUCUGUGAAACCACAAUUGGCAGUAAAAUACUGGAGAAUGGCCUUCUCUUCAAAGAACUCCUGCAGACUCCAAAUUUCCGAAUUACUGUGGUAGAUGAUGCAGAUACAGUUGAACUGUGUGGUGCUCUUAAGAAUAUUGUGGCAGUGGGAGCAGGAUUCUGUGAUGGCCUUCGCUGUGGAGACAACACCAAAGCUGCCGUGAUUCGCCUCGGACUCAUGGAGAUGAUUGCCUUUGCCAAAAUCUUCUGCAAAGGGCAGGUGUCCACAGCUACUUUUCUGGAAAGCUGCGGAGUGGCAGACUUGAUCACCACGUGUUAUGGAGGCCGCAAUCGGAAGGUGGCUGAGGCAUUUGCCAGAACAGGAAAGACAAUUGAAGAGUUGGAGCAAGAAAUGUUGAAUGGUCAGAAACUCCAGGGGCCGCAAACUUCUGCUGAAGUAUUCCGCAUACUCAAACAGAAAGGGCUAGUGGAGCAGUUUCCAUUAUUCACUGCUGUGUAUCAAAUAUGUUAUGCAGGAAGACCUGUCAGAGAGAUGCUCUCCUGCCUCCAGAGUCACCCAGAGCACAUAUAAAGCUAAUUACGCAAUGUUCAAAUGCAAUUUUUGCUUUUCCAAGCAAUCUUUGGGCUCAAAUGAAUAUUAUAGUAAACUUUUCAAGAAAGUGUUUGCUUAGGUGUUAGAGCAACAUGAAUGUGUAUGGAUUUUUUUUUUACAGGUUCUUAUCAUUCAAACUAAGUUUGAUGUGUGUGUAUAAUUGAAUUUGAGUCCAACUGCUAGAAUGUAGUGUUUUUAAAACACCACUAUGCAACAAUUGCAUCUAUCUGUGGGGUGUGUGUGUCUAUCUCUGUGGAUAUAAAACAUUAAAAUGCCUUUUUAUUGGUCUUUUAAACUUUCCCCAAAUUAUCUUUUAUAAUAUUGGGGUUAUCUAUAAGAAUGUCUUUUUAUGAUCUAAGUCAAAUAAAUUAAUCAGCAUUAAUGAAAAAUGGUAGUAAUAACUGGGGAAAGAAGAGCAUUUUCAUAAAUUGUGGAAUCACAGUUAGAUCAAGAUUUUUUUGUGUCUCCCCCCCACAACAAACACUUUUUAUGUGGGUUUGCUCUAUAUCUUAAAUGAAAUAUUUUAAUAGGUUUUACCAUCUACAUACUUCCCUACCUCUAUAAUUUUCUGCAUUAUAAAGAUCCCUUUCCUCUUUGAUAUCUGCCAUGGUGCCCUUAAAGGACAUCAUCAGCAAGGACAGGCCGGAAGUGUGUCCCGAGCAAAAAAACCAGGGUUGGAGUUACGCAUGCUGUAUCAGUGCUUAUAGCUCCAUGCUGCUGCAGUUGUACUGGCUAAUUUUAAACUUUAAGAGAGCACUGAAGAAAAUCACAUGCCCCAGAAAAUGGCUUUUUAAGGAUGCUAAAGGCAUUUCAGAAGCUUCACCUUGUUAUCUAUCAGUUGUCUGUAAAAUUCUUCUGGACUACCUGAAUUCAUACUUCUGUCUUGCCAUACUUAGUGUGGUGCAACUUCUAUUGGUCAGUCUGUCUGAAAUACCACGCUGCUCAUCUAAGCACUGGGGGAGGAAAAGCUGGUAAAAAGUGGAAAGGCUAAGAACUGCCUAUUGGAGGCUCCAUUGAUUAAACGAUGGCAGUGAAAAAUUAUGACAGGUGUUACUUUGUGUUCCUCCUUUCUUGUGGUAAAACCAGCCUGUGCAAUUUUAAUCGGAACAUUGUUCUACCAACAAUCAAUCUCUUCCUAUCUUCUAUUUUGUGAAACUUGUGAAACUGUGAAAUCACUACUGGUGUGCCUUAGAGGGGCACGAUUGCAGUGAGGGAAGACCUAGAUUUCAAAUCUUGCUGUAAUGUCAGGUAGAUUCAGGGAGAAUGGUGGCUUGUUUGGGUAUGUGAGAACUGGCCAAGUUAUCCCCAGUUCUGUUGACCGAAAGGAUUCUGCACCAAAUCUUUAUGAAGCUUUAAGAUAACACUCACCAUCAACUCAAACCAAGCAAAUGUCAACCUCAAUCAAGUACAUAUUAUUCAAAGCAAAUAUGUUUAAAUUCUGCAACUAAAAUGAGAAUGAAUACAGCUACUUGGUUGCAUUGUGGCAUUAGGCAUUUAUUUCUGUCCAGCCACGUUUUAAAGGAACAUUGAAUGUCACAGAUUAUUCAGGGCUGUUCUGAUGAGUGUUCACUCUUGUUUUUUAAUGGGUGCUGAAAAAUGAUGGUAGAAAAGAUAUUUCAAAUGAUUUUAACUGUAUUCAUACUUUUUAUGGCAUUUUAGUAGUAGAAACAAAGUCGUGCCAUAGCACACCAAAUGUUCUUUUGUUGAAAUUAUUUUUGUGCCACUAUUAUGUCUUUCACAUACAUGCUUGUCUGAUUUUAGACAUUGUUAAAGUUUUUACAUGGGUACCAAUGCCUUAUUUUAAGGUACAUGAAAUGCUAAAAGCUAACAGUGGGGCUUAAUAAGUAGGAUACUUGAAUGGGGGAGAAUUGAAUUUUGGGUUUUCUCUUUUCAUAAUAAGCACUCUGUCUCCAUUUGUUGAAGUUUGAUUUGUGGAAUUUUUCUUUUAUAAAUGCCUUGGUUUCAACUAUGGGACAAAAGUUGUGUACCCAAAUCUUUUAACACGCCUUCAACCACGCACAAUAUGGGAAAGUGCAAAUGUUUUAUUUUGUGCUGUAAUGAUUCCAGGUAUUUAUUGUUCUGUCAGUCGUAUGUGAUCACUGGUGUGGCAUUUGCUUUCCUUCAUCUUUCUUACUAAUUAUAGCAACAGUGAGAGAUACUUAAAACUAAAUUUGUAUUUAAUCAGUCAACAUAAGAACUAUUAAUGGAGCUAUCCAUUUUCUAAUAAUUCUUUAAUAUUGGUCGUUCAUUUCUAUAUGCACUGUAUUUGUUUACAAAAUGAAUGGGUGUCAGUUUAAAGGCUUGGUAUAAUAAACAUUUUAUCCUGGAAUCCUCA